GUAGUUAGUUUGUUUUGUUUUGUGACAAUGUGUGUGCAUGCUUCAAUGUUUCAAAAGUACAAACUUUCUCCGUGGGAUCGACCUUGCUUGCCCUAGCUAUAGCUUUUUAUUUGAUUAUAUAUUGGGGGUUAGUUAAGGUUAUUUAUAAAUUUUUACCGAGUAAUUUGUUUUAGCCCGCACGACGGGUCUUCAACAAAUUUUGGUGCUGUUGCCGGGGAGAGUUUUGUAUCAAAUCAAUUUAGUAAGCCUUUGUGUCAUGUAUUAUUUGCUUGUAAGAAAGCAUGAGUUGAUGGAGUAGCCUCUUUUCUACUGUUUUGCAUGAUAAAUUUUUAGAAAUGAGGUUCUUUGCACUUAUCAAAACUGAAACCAGCAUUUGUGUUUCUAUUUGCUUCUGAAAACGAGAUUAUCAUUGAUGUUUUUAUGAGAAUUUUAGGCCUAUUUUUAGAAAAAUUGCAUUGUGAGACUGUUUUCAACAUUUUUCCUUGCUGAUUUUUGUUUCAUAUGAUUACACAUGCUUACUUUGAAUGGAUUAGGUGCAAAUUUUUUUCCCACUAAUUCUGAUAUGUCAAUGCUGUUUUUUUUUACAAAUUGCACUAUUUUACCGGUUUAAGUGUGUUUAGCGAUCCUAGAAAUGCUAAUAUACAUGCAAAUUGAACUCUUGUGCAACAAUCUGCAUUUUGAACUCUUUUUGGUAUGUUUGUUGCUGAUUUUUGUUACAAAACCGAGGUUUGAAUGGAUUUGUUGUAGUUUUUUCAAAGAAAUAUGAUAUAUUCUUGCUGAUUCUUUGUAAAAUUUGCAUUGUUUGGUUGAUUUGCAAGCUGGAUUCAUGUUCCUUUAAGUACUUAUUUGCUUGAUUUUUUUUAAUGAAUUGAACCUAGAGCUAUGUGUAUGUAACCAAAAAAAAGUUAUCUUGAUGAGCUUAAUUGUUUCUUUUUACUUCAUUUAUGCUUCUAACCAUCUACUUUGAGAGCUUUUUGCAAGAUUUGUUGAGUUUUAGGUGGAAGCAUUGGUGUUUGGAGUAAAAUUCUGCACAGUUCGGUGCAAAAUCUGAUUUGAAACGUCCACUCGAAGUGCCCGGGUGUUGGUCCAGAGAGCACAAUAGGAUGGGAGUGAUGAAUUGAUGCCGCGUAUACUUUUUUUUAAAAUUUGCAUUCGACUUCCCGUCCUCUCCCCUUUAGUUUUGUUGCAUUACUCCCUUUCCCGUUCUCUCUUGGUUAUAUCAUUAUUAUUCAUUUGCAUAUCAUUUAGAUGCAUUGAGGACUAUGCAUAAUUUAAGUGUGGAGGGAGGUUCUCAUGUUUAUUUUGUUGAUUUGGGAGUAUUUUUUUGGACAAUUUUUUUUAAAUGUUUUGGAUCCAAAUAUUUUUGUCAUUCUUUUGUUGCAUAUCUUCUUAUUUAGAGCAUUGGUUUUAGAUUUGACCCAUUAACCUUAUUUUUUUCAUUGAGCUUUAUUCUGAAAGAUGACAAAUGUUUCUUUAUGACCUUGCCUUGAUUCUUAUGCCCUUUAUUCUAAAAGAUGACAAACCUUAUUUUUUUCAUUGAGCUUUAUUCUGAAAGAUGACAAAUGUUUCUUUAUGACCUUGCCUUGAUUCUUAUGCCCUUUUUCUUCGUUAUGAGCUUACCAUUUUAUAUUACUCACAUUAAUUAUUAUAAAAAUAAUAGCUAUAUUAACUUCACGCUUACACAAAAAAAAGUUACAAAUGACAGUUACUUAUUCUUGCAAAAAUUUUGGAGGUUUCCAAUCAGUACUCAUAAUACUUAUUUAUACCCAAAAUAAUUAGUACAUUCCAUACGAAUUGAAAGCAUUGUGUUUUAAAAGUAACACUCCUUUUUAAAAAAAAUUAUAUUUCCUUUUGUAUAAUACCGUGGCAUCAUUAUUAUUGAUGAUUUAGAAUUACCUUGAUUAGAAAAAACCCGUUCAGUUAAUAUUAAUUACCAAUUAGAAAUGGUGUCAUAGUAUCGUUGUUCCUUUUUAAAAAUGAUUAUGUGUUAAAACUGAUCGUUUUAAAAAAGGAAAUUGGUUUAUACCGUGUGAUAAAAAAGGAACUGCUCCUUAGUUUUCUUUCGAACAUAAAAUAGAAUAAAAAGCAAACAUGGCUCAACCAAUGCCUCACUCCCUCAGCUUUACAAGACUAAAGCAGAACCAAAGUGAGAAAAAAAAUGGACACUAUUAUUUGAAGAUGUGCACUUUACUACUUCAAAAGUGUUUUCAAAAUCUCAAAAGAAAAAAAAUUGAAUACUCAAGAGUUAUUUUAGCUUCAAAUAAAUUAUUGAAUACUCAAGAGCCAUCUCGUUGGAAUCCUAAUUGCUUCUUUUAUGGUGCAUAUACUAUUUUGCUUUUGCUUUAUUUAAUUUUUAUCUUUUGAUAAAGUUAAAGAUGAUGAAUUGAAAGGGCUCCUUUAGCUUUCUAGUGCUAUUAUUACUAUUCUUGCAAUGAGAUGGAUGAUCUCAGUUUUUGGAACUCCCCAUAUGUCUGCACCAAGUAUGCACUUCUUCUUGCAUUGCCUCUUCCUUGUUUUCCUCAAUUCAUCUCACCACACUCACUCUAUCUCUGUGAGAAAACAAGCAGCUCUUCUUGUUUCUUUAAAACAGAGUUUUUUUCAGUCCCAAGAUCACACUCUUUCUGCCUGGAACCUCUCCAAUUUCAAGCGUCUAUGCAACGGCUGGACCGGCGUGACUUGUGACAAGAACAAAUCAGUGGUUUCCCUUGAUAUUUCCAGCUUAAACCUCUCGGGUCGUCUUUCUCCUUCUAUAUCUCAGCUUCAUAAUCUGAAGUUCCUGAACAUAUCAGACAAUCUCUUCAGUGGAUGCCUAGAUUGGGAUUUUUCAGCACUCCCAAAACUCCAAGUUCUGGCUGCUUAUGACAACAACUUUACCUGCCCUCUCCCUGUUGGCAUUGCCCAGCUCAAGAGCCUGAAGUAUUUGGAUUUGGGUGGGAAUUAUUUUUCUGGGAAAAUCCCUCCAAGUUAUGGAAGCCUAGAGCGCCUAGGCUUUCUCUCCCUGGCUGGGAAUGACUUAAGGGGUGUCAUCCCUGGGGAGCUUGGGAAUCUUUAUAACCUCAAGUGGCUCCAUCUUGGCUAUUUCAAUGAGUUUGAUGGAGGGAUUCCAAAAGAGUUUGGAAAUCUCAUCAAUUUGCUUCACUUGGACCUUUCUAGCUGUGGCUUGAAGGGUCCAAUUCCGGCGGAGCUUGGGAACCUCAAGAACUUGACCACUCUCUUCUUGCAAACCAACCAAUUGAAUGGCUCAAUUCCUCCACAGUUGGGGAACCUGGCUGGCUUGAAGUCGCUAGACAUCUCGAACAACGACCUAACUGGGGAGAUCCCGACCGAAUUCUCUUCUCUCCAAGAACUCACCAUCUUGAACCUUUUCAUCAACAAUCUCCAUGGCCAAAUCCCAGAGCCCAUUGCGGAGCUGCCCAACUUGCAAUCCUUGAAUCUGUGGCGGAACAAUUUCACUGGCUUCAUCCCCGCGAAGCUCGGGCAGAACGGUCAGCUCGUGGAACUCGACCUCUCCACCAACAAACUCACAGGAGAAAUCCCAAAGUCUCUCUGCUACGGGAAGAAAUUGAAAAUCCUGAUUCUGCUGAGUAACUUUCUGUUUGGGCCUUUGCCCGAUGAUCUCGGGCAGUGUCGGACACUGUCCCGGGUAAGAAUGGGUCAGAACUACCUCACCGGGCAGAUACCGGAUACAUUCCUGUACUUACCCGAGCUCACACUGGUUGAACUGCAGGACAAUCACUUCACAGGGAGAAUCGCAUUCGAGAAAAUAAAACCAUCUCCCAAGCUGGAAGGCCUGAAUCUCUCAAAUAAUGACUUCUCUGGUGAUCUCCCGCCCAGCAUUGGCAACUUCUCCGGCUUGAAGAAUCUCCUGCUUAGUGGGAACAGAAUCUCAGGUGGCAUUCCUUCAGAAAUCGGUAACCUCAGGGGAAUCUUGAAGUUGGAUUUGAGCAGAAACAGAUUCUCCGGCAGCAUUCCGCCGGAGCUCAGCAAUUGUCCAUCACUGACUUACCUGGAUUUAAGCAAGAAUCUCCUCUCCGGUUCGAUCCCGGCUCAAAUCUCUCGAAUCCCAAUCCUGAACUUCCUCAACGUUUCUUGGAACCACUUGGAAGAUUUCCUCCCAGAAGAGAUUGGGUCCAUGAAGAGCCUAACUUGUGCAGAUUUCUCUCACAAUAACUUCACCGGUUCAGUCCCUGAAACAGGGCAGUACUUGCUCUUCAACUCCACUUCUUUCGCCGGCAACCCUCACCUCUGUCUAACUCUCUGCAACUCUUCUUCCUCUGCGUCGCACUCCUACAUCAAAACCCAAAGCCAUAAAUCAGACUUCCCGGCAAAAUACAAGCUGAUAUUCGCGGUCGGGCUUCUCCUAGGCUCCCUGGUUUUCGCCGCAGUGGCAGUGAUCAAGACAAGGGAAGCGAGAGAAAAUCAUCCCAAGUCAUGGCAGCUAACGGCAUUCCAGAAACUGGAAUUCGGAAGCGAAGAAGUCUUGGGAUGCUUGAAGGAAACCAAUAUAAUUGGGCAAGGAGGAGCAGGGGUGGUGUACAGAGGAACAAUGGGGAAUGGGGAGAACGUGGCAGUGAAAAAACUGGGAACCAGCAAAGGGUCGCACGACAAUGGCCAGGCCGCUGAGAUUCAAACGUUGGGGAGGAUAAGACACAGGUACAUUGUCAGGCUGCUGGCGUUUUGUUCCAACGAGGAAACAAACUUGCUGGUUUAUGAGUAUAUGCCUAAUGGGAGCUUGGGAGACGCCAUCCAUGGAGAGAGUGGAGGGAUUCUGAAAUGGGAAACCAGGCUGAAAAUUGCCAUAGAAUCUGCAAAGGGACUUGCUUACUUGCACCAUGAUUGCUCCCCUCUUAUAAUCCACCGCGACGUCAAGUCCAACAACAUCCUGCUUGACUCUGACUAUGAAGCACACAUUGCCGAUUUCGGCCUCGCCAAGUUCUUGCACAACAACGGUGCCUCCGAGUGCAUGUCUGCAAUUGCGGGCUCUUAUGGCUACAUUGCUCCAGAGUACGCAUACACGUUAAGGGUGGACGAGAAGAGCGACGUGUACAGCUUCGGGGUGGUGCUGCUGGAGCUAAUAACGGGGCGAAAACCGAUCGGGGAUUUUGGGGAGGAAGGGAUGGACAUUGUCCAGUGGGUGAAGAGGGAGACAGACAGGAGCAAAGAAGGGGUGGUGAAGAUCAUAGAUGAGAGGCUGAAGAAUGUCCCAUUGGAAGAGGCAAUGCAAGUGUUGUUUGUAGCAAUGCUGUGUGUGGAAGAGCACAGCGUGGAGCGUCCCACCAUGAGGGAGGUUGUCCAAAUGCUUGCCCAAGCAAAACAGCCAAUCAAGCCGUUCUUCUAGCCUGAUUUUUAAUAUAUAAAUGUGCCAAUGUUCUCUCUCCCUCUCUUAGCUCUGGGUCAGUUUUCUAGUCGUCGCCUUGUCGUUUUCUAUAUAAUCAACAACCAAUGCUCCUAUAUUUUGCUUUUAGAACUUAGUAACUUGGAGUAUUUGUUAAUAUUAUAAGUAUGAUAUAAAAAAUAUCAUUGCUCUACCUAAUUUGUAUUCUCAAUAAUUUACUAGCUGUGGU